UAUAUUUUCAUCUAUAUAUUUACUCACACACAAAACAAAUCAAUACCAUCCUGAAUCCACCAUUAAUUAAUAUCACCACCUCUUCCAUUCCCUGCAAUGAGACUUGCGGCCUUUUCGUGGCUUUUCUUGAUCCCCAUUUACUCACCUUUCCUAAUUAGCAUUUGUGUCUUUGGCGUGUCUGGGCAAUGUUUCGGCAAUCAGCAGUCCUUGUUACUGCAAUUGAAGAACAACCUUACAUUCGAUCCUGCUAGGUCCAACAAACUUGUUAAGUGGAAUCAAAGUGCUGAUUGUUGUUCUUGGGAAGGCGUAACCUGCCACGAGGGAAGUGUUAUUGGUCUCGACCUGGCUAGUGAAUCCAUCUCGGGUGGACUUGACGAUUUAAGUAGCCUCUUCAGUCUUCAUCUUCUCCAGAGCUUGAAUUUGGCUUACAACGACUUCAACUCUUCUCAGAUUCCAUCAAAGUUUGACAAGUUGACGAAUUUGAGUGAUUUGAAUCUAGCAAAUGCUGGCUUUGCAGGGCAGAUUACUUCCACUCAGUGGGAAGAACUUCUGAAUCUAGACACUCUUGAUUUAAGUUACAAUUCAUUGAACGGGGAUAUUCCAGUUUCAUUGUUUCACCUCCCAUCAUUGCAGGUAUUACAACUUUCCAAUAACCUAUUUUCUGGGCAACUCAAGGAAUUUUCCAACAUUUCUUCUUACAAACUACUAGAGCUUGAUUUGAGCAAUAACGAGUUGGAAGGGCCAAUACCCAUAUCUAUCUUUGGGCUUCCAGGUCUUGCAUCCCUCAUUCUUUCUUCAAACAACUUUGAUGGCUCCAAUUUGUUGGAUGAAUAUAGUGGUUUUAACCUUUCGUCUUCCCACUAUCCCACUUGGUUAGGCUUGGCUUCUAUCAAGUUGAAAAAAAUUCCUGAUUUCUUUAGAAACCAAUCCAAAUUAUACUCUUUAGACCUUUCAAGGAACCAGAUAUAUGGAGAGGUGCCUAAUUGGAUCUGGAAACUUCCCCAACUUAGAUUUCUAAAUCUCUCCUAUAACAACUUGGUCACUCUCAAAGGACCUAUCUCCAAUAUCUCUUCUAUUUUUAGGACGAGAUCUCUAGACUUUCGCUCCAACCAGUUCCAAGGCCAACUCCCAGUUCUCCCACCUGUCAGCUACUUGGAUUUCUCCAUGAAUAAUUUUCAUUCUGCCUUACCAGCUAGCAUCGGCCAGUCCCUUGAAUUCACACAAUUCUUUUCUAUUUCAAGUAAUAAAUUAUAUGGGAGUAUCCCUGGAUCCAUAUGCAAUGCUUCAUUUCUGCGAUUUCUAGAUCUGUCUGAUAAUUACUUCAGUGGCACAAUUCCCCAAUGCUUGAAUGAGAUGAGUGGGGCUCUUCAGGUGUUGAGUCUAAGGAGAAACAAUCUCAAUGGUACAAUUCCUGAUACAUUUUCGGAGUCUUGUAAUUUACAUACUUUAGCUAUUAAUAAAAACCAUCUAGAGGGAAAGUUACCGAAAUCUCUGAAGAAUUGCCAUUCAUUGGAGGUCUUGGACGUUGGGAACAACCACAUCGAGGACACCUUCCCAUAUUACUUGAAUGGAUUAGCCGCAUUGAAGGUUCUUAUUUUGCGAUCUAACAAAUUUUAUGGGCCCAUUGGUCAUCCAGAGAUUGCCCCUUCCCCGAAGCUUCAAAUCAUAGAUGUGGCUUCAAACAACUUUACUGGUCACCUUCCAAUAGUACUCCUUUCUACUUGGAUGGCGUUGACCGAUCGUGCACAUGAGGCCAACUCAAAACUCAAUCACAUCCAAAUUGGCAUUGGUAGUUUUUAUUAUCAAGAUACCGUAACAAUUACUAGCAAGGGUUCAGUGGUGGAGCUGGUGAAGAUCUUAACUAUCUUCACCACCAUUGAUUUUUCUUGCAACAACUUUGAUGGUCCUAUACCUGAAGAAAUUGGAGAAUUCACAUUGUUAUAUAUUCUCAACUUGUCACAUAAUGCUUUCAUAGGCCAAAUACCAACAUCUCUGGGGAAAUUGAGUAAUCUUGAGACACUAGACUUGUCAAGCAACAAGCUUACUGGAGAGAUUCCUAUGCAACUCGCCAAUGGUCUUAUUUUCCUUUCGGUCCUCAACCUUUCCUUCAACCAAUUGGUGGGACCUAUUCCAUUUAUCAAGCAAUUUGCUACAUUUUCGGAAAAUUCCUUCAAAGGAAACGAAAGAUUAUGUGGGUUGCCUUUGAAAUCACAGUGCUCACAUGAAGAGCCACGAUUGUCACCUCCAACGACGUAUGAAGAAUCUCAUAAGAGUAUGAUCGAGUGGAAUUACAUAAGUGCUGAACUAGGAUUUAGUUUUGGUUUUGGAAUUGUUAUGGGACCCCUUAUGUUUUGGAAAAGGUGGAGGAUAUGGUAUUACAAACAUGUUGAUGACAUUCUUUUCAAGAUAUUUCCUAAACUGUAUCUUGGAAAUGAAUAUCGUCGAAGACCAGCAGUCAACAAUCAGCAGCUGAGGCACUAGUUAUAGUUAUGAUCAGAAGCAACACUUCCAGAGAUAUGUUGCUCCAAGUUUACUCCGGAGGAAUUUGUUGAAGUCUGUAAGGUCUCUUUGAUGACGCUAAAUGAUUCACAGUAAUUUUGUGACACUGUUAAUCAAGAUGAUUAUGAGUGUACCUCUUUGAAUUCUAAUUAUAUUUCUUGUUUAGUGCUUUAUUUUAGUGUUGCUUGUGCUUGAAAAGCAUGUCCGACUAACUUGGCGAUGUAACACUUGUUAAUAAAAACUAAGGUGGAAAUAAAA